ACGUCGCACACUACGUCAUGAAACAUACAAACGAAAUAUACACUGAUGUCAAAUUAAAACGUCAGACUAAAGGAUUGGCAUCUGUUUUGAAAGAAUUCUGAUAAACUUAAUAACAACUCCAGGACUAACUCUCAGUUGGGAUAUCUGGGAUCUUCAAAUGACCGAAAAGAUAGCAGGCUAUGUGUUUGAAUCAACUCUGAAAAUAUCGCUGAUCUAAUAUUGUGUUAUUUUGGAAUUGUUAUUUUGGAAUUGUUAUCAUAAAGAAAACAGUUUUUAUUUAUCCAUUAAAUAAAUGGAUUACAGUUCUUCUCGACGUGAUUAUUAAAAAUAUUUGAAUAAUUUCAACAGAGAGCUAUUGCGUCUCAGGAGAAAGAAAUGACAUUGAAUCAUUGUGCCUUGUGUUAAUAAAUAAGCAUAUAAAAAUUAAUUAAGUAAUUAACUAUGAAUACUAUUAGUUUAAGUAAAACAACUAGAAAACUUUCAGCCAAGAGAUUGCUUCAAUAUGGGGCACUGGUUGCAGUGGCAUAUUUUGCAUUCCAGAUAUUUGACACAAUAAUAAAGAAUAGAAAAGCUGGGCAGUUUUACGACGGUUUUAGUGAUGAAAUUGGUAAUGAUGACGUUAAUCAGAAUCAGAAACAGAAUCAGAAACAGAAUCAGAAAGAAAAUAAUAAUGACUUCGACUUUGGGGGAAAUCAAUUUGAGGUCAAAGACGCGGGAAUUAAUAACGAUGUUCACAAAAUAGCAGCCAAGGAAAGGGAAAGAGCUAAAGAAGAAAAACUACUCAAAGACAAACAAAAGCAGGAUCAUGCCGAAAUGGCUGAUAACGUGGAUGAACUCAAUAAACUUAUUGAGGAAGACGCCAAAGAGAAACAAAAACUGAAACAGAAACAGAGAGUAAAAACAGUUGAUGAAGAAUUAGAUGAUAUCAAGGAUGACGAUGAUGUUGUGGAACAAAUGAAGAACGGUAAAAACAAGAAGCCUGUGAAGAUGAGUAAUGGUCCAAAAGAUCGUCGACCAGGUUUUGAUUCAGGUGAUGAUAGUCCCGAAGUUGCUAGAGAGAAACAGCGUCGCAGAAAAGUGUUUUUCGAGAAGAUGGAAGAACUAAAUGAAGAAUUUGAUGAAGAUGCCGAAUCCAACAUGCACGAGCAUCUAGACAUGUUGUAUUUCGUCAGUGCUGCAUGGAGUAAAACAUUUCAAGAUGUGGUAAACUUGAUAGUAUCUAUUCAGUAUCAUUAUGGCGCAGCUGAUAUCAUUAUAUUUGACCUAGGACUGACAAAAGACCAACGAGAAUGGUUAUCUUCAGUCUGUCAAGUAGAAAUUAGACAAAGUUUAAUAGAAGUAUGGCCACCGCACAUUAGAGAUUUAGAGAGAGGAUUGUGGCGACCAGUUAUCCUACAGAUGGCUUUGGCAGGAUUGAGUCAUAUGAUCUGGAUUGAGCCACAUUUAGUGAUACACAAAAGAAAAAUCAAUGCUUAUAUUGAUCAUUCUCGAAAGCGUGGCGUCGUUAUAGCUGGACAACGUCAAAAAUAUUCCACAUACGUUGUUACUCAUCCCGAUAUGUACUAUUACUUAAGUUCGGACGUACGAAAGUUAAUGCGAGUUCCUCACAUAGAGAUUACAAUGAUAAUUGUGCACAAUACUAGUACAAUACGCCAACGUUUGAUGAAGUGGUUAUUAGCUUGUGCUGUGGAAGAAUGGUGCGUGGCUCCAGCGGGUUCUAAGCGGGAAUGUGAUACUCAUCUAAAACCUAACUCAAGAUAUUACGCUAACUGUCACCGUUACGACGAAUCAGCCAUAAAUAUUUUACUCAAAUCUUGGAUGAAAUAUGACCUGGAUAAAUUUUCAUUAAGAGACGUGGUGACAGCUAGGAACGAUGGGCGAGAUUCCAGAGGAAGGGCCAGAAUUUGUCACAGUGGCAGACAGGCCGGAGAUCUUUAAUGACUUUAUUCUCAAUACGCCAUUGGUUUUAAACAAAUCUAAGCUUGCAAUAGAGAACGCCCUUUAAGAUUAAUAUGAGAAAUCAGUUUCUACGGAUCGAUCUUGAAUACUUAAUGUUUAAUUUGAACAAUCGUAAAGGGUGUAGUCUUCAGUAUUGAUAUUACCGAAGAUAAACAGUAAGACAAUUUCCAAUCUUAAUUUUAAAUUUUUUUUUUAAAAAUAGUGAACGAUAUGUAUAUAAGAAGACGGGAAUACUAUAAUUAGUUCGGAAAACAAUUCUCAAGACGUAAAAUAAUAGGCACGAUCGGGCCAAACUAUCACGAUAGAUUCCAAAGAAAUGUACUUUUAUAUAACCAGAAAUUUCUACCAAUAUACGUCGAAGAGAAGAUCCAUGAUUUCAGAUUUUUUUCUUAAUAAUUUAAAAAGCUGUUUUAGAAUAGAAUUUGCAGAAGAAAAAAAGUUACUUAACUCACCCCAUGUCACCCCUCUCAGUGAUAGUAGGGCCAAGCGAAUAUUUACUGCUGAUUAUAGAUGGUCUCUGAUUGGAACCAUUAUUUCAUCUGCUUUGACAUAAUAUUUAAAAUAAAUUCCAUUCUCACAUCACCAAAACUCGGCAGGCUACUGGACUGGUGUGAGUUUUCAGUUAAAAAUCCAUGGACUAUACUGUACGGCUAAUAUAUACUUAAAGGCGUGUACUUAAUUUAUAUCUACGGAAAUAUGAUGCACCUAUAUUCCAUUUCUUAUAUCUAUUGUAUAUAUAUUUUAUUUAUAUAAAAGAUUAUGGGGCAA